AAAGACCGAGACCACGGAGCAGAGAGAGUGGGUCAGACAUUGUGUCAGCACUGCAACUGCGUGAACUUCGAUCGUGUCCGGGGAUCUCUCCAUCCGUUGCCAAAAAUCUUAGAUCCGAUUCAUUCCUCUCUCUUCUCCGUUCUUUCGAUUUUUCUCCCCCCCCCCCAAAUCUUCUCCUAAUUCCUAUCUAUCUCGUUUGUGUUUGAGUCGAUUCUUUUAGAAUUUUCUUUUCUAGAUCUGAGUGUUAUUACCUAAUCUAGGGCUCGUCGCUAGAUCCUCCUCGAUUUCCGGCGUUCCAGGUGAUCUCUAAAAGCUAAAUCCUGGACUGUUGUGGAAGCCGAUCCAAGGUCCGGCCAUGGAGGUGGAACUUGGAGAAGGUAACAGCAGAAAGUUCGAUUUUUUCCAAGGUUUUACUGCUCUAAUUCCUUAUUCCAGGUUCAAUCAUGGUUUAUCCCACUCAGUUGCCGCCCAAACACUCCAAUCUUGGUUUUCCCACUGAUAUAAACCCUAGAACAAGUUUCAAGAUUUUUUUUUUUUUUUGAAAAGCUGAUCUUUAGCUCCGAUUUGCUGUAGUAGUAGAUGAGUGGAAUUAGGGCUUGGAGAGAAAACCGAGAAUAAGAGGAGGAACCGAAGGAAGAGAUCGAGGAAUUGGGAUGGAGGAUCUAUCGAGGUACGCUCACAGCCCGGCCCACCUCGCGGUGGCGCGGCGAGACCACGCGGGUCUCCGGCGGAUCGUGGCGGCUCUACCCCGCCUCCCGAAGGCCGGAGAGGUCACCACCGAGGAGGAGUCGCUCGCCGCCGAGCUCACCUCCGACGCCGUCUCCGGCGUCAUCGACCGCCGCGACGUCCCCCACCGCGAAACCCCCCUCCACCUCGCUGUCCGGCUUCGCGACCCGAUCUCGGCGGAGAUCCUCAUGUCGGUCGGCGCCGACUGGUCCCUCCAGAACGAGCACGGCUGGUCCGCCCUCCAGGAGGCCGUGUGCACCCGGGAGGACAGCAUCGCCAUGAUCAUAGCACGCCACUACCAGCCCCUGGCUUGGGCCAAGUGGUGCCGCCGCCUCCCUCGCAUCGUCGCGUCCAUCGCCCGGAUCAGGGACUUCUACAUGGAGAUCACCUUCCACUUCGAGAGCUCGGUGAUCCCUUUCAUCGGCCGGAUUGCGCCGUCAGACACCUACCGGAUAUGGAAGCGGGGGCCGAACCUCAGGGCCGACAUGACCCUCGCCGGCUUCGAUGGGUUCCGGAUCCAGCGCUCCGACCAGACGUUCCUCUUCCUUGGCGAGGGCUUGUCGUCGGAGGACGGAGGACCGUCGCUGCCUCCCGGGUCGUUGAUCGUGCUGGCCCAUAAGGAGAGAGAGAUCACUAAUGCUCUCGAAGGAGCUGGUGCCAAGCCCACAGAGGCGGAGGUGGCUCAUGAGGUAGCCUUGAUGUCGCAGACCAACAUGUACCGGCCGGGGAUUGAUGUCACUCAGGCGGACCUGGUCUCGCACUUGAACUGGAGGCGGCAGGAGAGGACGGAGAUGGUCGGGAGUUGGAAGGCCAAGGUCUACGACAUGCUUCAUGUGAUGGUGAGUGUGAAGUCGAGGAGGGUCCCUGGUGCCAUGACUGAUGAGGAGUUAUUUGCGGUUGACAAUGAAGAAAGAACGGCGAAUGGUGGGGAGCUCGAUGGGGAGUUGGAUGAUGUCUUGACAGCUGAGGAGAGGAUGCAACUGGAUUCAGCUCUUCGGAUGGGUCAUGCAGAGGGUUUUGAUGACAACGAUGGGAAGGGUGGAGGAUUUGAGAGUGUGGAGAACUCUGAGUCCAAUGGUGUUACCAAGGAGAGGAAGAGCUGGUUUGGUUGGAGUAGUAAAAGGGCUUCCAAGAACAGUCGAGGGGAGGACAUGGAGGAUCCAAAAAACCAAAAGAAGUUGUCAAAGUUGACCCCAGAGAAUGGAAAUCAGAAAACGGAGUCCUCGAGAGAGGACCCUGGAGAUACUAAGAAGGGGAAGGAGAAGGGCAGUAAGAAGAAGAAGGGUGGAUCCGCGGGCGACUCUAAUAAGCAUGAGAGCGAGUACAAGAAGGGGUUGAGGCCGGUUUUGUGGUUAACACCAGACUUUCCUUUGAAAACGGAUGAGCUUCUUCCCUUGCUUGAUGUCUUAGCCAACAAGGUCAAGGCCGUGAGGAGGCUCAGGGAGCUUUUGACUACUAAGCUGCCUCAAGGCACCUUUCCUGUCAAGGUAGCCAUCCCAAUUGUUCCAACGAUCCGAGUUCUUGUCACAUUUACAAAGUUUGAAGAGCUACAGCCACCUGAUGAAUUUGCAACCCCACUUUCCAGCCCGACACAUUUCCAGGAAAGCAAAGCCAAAGAAUCAGAAUCAUCAGGUUCAUGGUAUUCAUGGAUGAGGGGAAGCCGGGGUGGGCAAUCUAGUGAUGGCAGUGAUGGCCGAAGCUGGAAAGAUGAGAUUGAUCCUUUCCAUAUACCUACAGACUACACUUGGCUUGAUGCAAAUGAAAAAAAGCGCCGAAUGAAGGCCAAGAAGGUUAGAAGCAAGCGGGGUAGUAGUAGGAAGCAAACAUCCAAAAGUUUGGAUUGCCAGCAACUGACGGAUGGUUUUGAGGAGUAAAAGACAGUAUAAUAUUAUUCAUUUGCAUUUGAAAUCUUAGAGGAAGAAGUGAUCUUGUUUAUUUGGAAAUUCAGUGACAAGUACAUUAUAUCCUUGUUCUGAUGCAUUUUAAUUUGUUUUUCCUUGUGUAUUUUUGGAGAUGCCAGUUGUUUUUAGUUUGUUUUUCUGGUUGAGGGUGCUUGUCCUCCUGUUGUAUGAACACAAUAUUCUGUCACCCAGGAAAAGCAAAAAAAAGAAAUAUGUGAUGUUUAAUUGGAGAACAUGACCUCCAGUUCAUGUGA